GCCAAAAAGCAAACUUUUGGAGGCAGCGAGGAACAGACUUAAAUAUAAAAAGUAGACACAACAUUUAUAGUAGAAUUUUACAGAAAUCCCUGAAGCAAAUGGAGUUUCUGACAUUCCGUCAGUCAUUUUCCCUCUACAUCGAUGGUGCAGCUGUGGAGAUGGUACCCUCUGUCAGGUACCUCGGGGUACACCUGACCGACACACUCACCUGGCGCACCAACACCACAGCUGUCACAAAGAAAGCCAACCAACGCUUGUAUUUCCUGAGGAAGCUGAGGAGGGCAGGUCUUCACACAGACAUCCUCAGGUCCUUCUACAGCUGUGUGGUGGAGAGCACCCUGACCACCUGCCUCACUGUGUGGUAUGCUGGCUGCACUGUGGCAGAGAAGGAGGCGCUGCAGAGAGUGGUUAAGUCUGCACAGAGGACAAUCGGAUGCAGCCUACCACCCAUCAGUGACAUUUACACAACCAGAUGUAGGGAAAGAGCCACCUGCAUCCUCCGUGACCCCACCCACCCUGCACAUGGACUUUUCACCCCCCUUCCCUCCGGAAGGAGGCUGCGCUGCAUCCAGGUAAAAACAUCUAGACUGAAAAACAGCUUCUACCCAGAUGCAGUCAGACUGUUGAACUCUUCUACUCCCCAUAUACUGAACAUCUUAUCAACACAAUCUACCAUACUGGACACAACUGGCACACUGUCACUUUGACAAUCUUGGGAUUGUUGCUGCUAGUUUUUGCUGCUACACCUUUGAAAUCAUGCACUUUAGUAAACAUAAGCUGCUGCAGUUGUUGUGCAAUACUUGUAAAUACUUUGUACUUGUACUCUUUUUAGUUUCUCAGUUUGUUCUAAAUUUUUAUUACUUAUCAUAGUUUAUUCUAUAUUAUUCUAUAUUUUAUUCUAUUUUAUUUCCUUCAUGUCACACACACCGAGACCUGGGAAACUGUAUUUCGUUCUAUCAUGUACGUGGUUGAAUGACAAUAAAGCUGAGU